GAACGGUUAAAUCAUUUCAGUUCGUAUCAGUAUACCAGCUGACGACGUCGUGUCAACCCUUUUUGUUGAAUUAGACAGAGAGAACCAUCAAAAUGGUCUGUUGGGUAUCGAUAUUGCUCAUUAUGUAUUUUCUAUUCGAUGUCAACUACUUCCUGAGGAUAUUCUUCACCCUGGCGUGGGGAAGACUCUUCCAAAAGAAAAAGAAACUCUUUGACACAACCUCUAUUUACGGAAUUUGCACCACUCAGGAUAUCGAUCUGUUCCUGAAGCACAUGAAUAACGCGAGAUACUUGAGGGAAUUGGACUUCGCUCGAUUUCAUUAUUACGAUCUAUCGGGGAUCUAUGGGGAACUUAUGAGGCAUGGGGCUGGCGUUGUCCAGGGUGCCUCUUUCACGAGGUAUCGACGAGCUCUUGGCAUUCUGACUCCCUACAAAAUCACCACCAAGCUCAUCUACUGGGAAGGCAAGAAUUUCUACGUGGAGCACGAGUUCAUCAGUCUCACCGAUAAUUUCAUUCGUGCUGUUGCACUGAGUAAACAAACAGUCACGGGACUCAAGAUCCCGGUGUCCGAAAUUAUUGCUAAUAUCGAUCCAACAGCCCAACGACCUGAAAUUAAUCCCGAUCUCAGGCUCUGGAUGGAGUCCAUGGAGGAAUCCUCCAAGAAGCUCAAGAAGCAAAACUAGACAUCAAUCUCAUGUUCAAAAGCUAAUGUUUCAUAAAGAUAAUAAUAAAAUCCUCAAACACCAAUAAA